UUGAUAAUUACAUUUGUACGAAACCAAGGUUGAUGUGCACAUUCCAGCUUGUUCUAGUAGAGUGUGCAUGGUGCUCAAUUCGAAUAUUUAUGAACACUACCCAAUACUUCCUGUAUACCAUACAUAAUUGACGAGAGGCUCUAGGGGAGAAAACCGAGCAGUUUGAAGCAGCAUGGAGGAUAUAAGCGCCAGCAGUGUUAGCCUGAAUUUAGUUGCUGCUUCCCUGAAGCAAUCGAAACACUCGAAAAAUGUUGUACGAGAAACCGUACUCAGACAAAUUUUUGCCGCUUCUUUAGCCUCUUCUUACCAUAUAGUAUUUGGUAUAUCGCUGGCGUACUCCGCCAUUUUGAACCCAGAAUUGUCCAAAAACACCACAGAGAUACAAACUACAGAGCCUGAGAGGUCAUGGGUAGCCAGUGUCCUCACAUUAGCAGUACCAGUGGGGGCACCUCUGGGUGGGAUCCUCAUGGAUAACUUUGGAAGACUGAAUACAGUUAGGAUAGCAAGUAUACCAGCUGUGAUAGGAUGGAUUAUGAUAGCAACGUCCAGUAGCUUAUGGAUGUUGAUAGCAGGAAGGAUAUGUACCGGGUUGGCAUCAGCUUUGGGUACAGGUCCUGCCAUUGUAUAUAUGACAGAAAUAGCUAGAUCCGAUAUAAGAGGAUCUUUGAUCUCAUUUGCCCCUGCAUAUACGUCCCUAGGUAUGGUAUUAGCUUAUAUUAAAGGUUGGGCCUUCGGAUGGCGGAUGACAGCCUGGAUGUGCGUCGCCUACUCGAUAGCACCGUUCAUUCUCAUCACGUUCAUACCGGAAAGCGCAGUAUGGCUGAUUUCAAAAGGUAAAAAUGAAAAGGCCAAGAAAUCGUUGCAAUGGUUCACCAUAAGCCGUCCGGACCCCACUGAAGAAGGGGGUAAAACACUGGCCGAAAUUCAGUUCGAGCAACUGAAGGAGGCCAACAACAGAAAAAUAGCAGCUGAUCAGAACAAGAAAGGAGUAACCGGAGUCCUCAAAGCCUUCCUGAAACCCACAGGAUACAAGCCACUUCUAAUCCUGAUGGGAAUGUUCAUUUUCCAACAAUUCUCAGGAAUAUACAUCACUCUCUUUUACUCGGUCGAAUUCUUCCAGGAAGUUGGAACCGAUAUCAACCCUUACCUUUCUUCUAUUUUCAUUGGUAUCGUCAGAGCAGUGAUGUCAGUAGUCAAUACUUACAUGUUGAAGACAUUCCACAGAAGACCUCUGAUCGUUUGGAGUUCUUUAGGAAUGGGUGUGUGUAUGUUGGUGUCAGGUUUAUUCACCCAUUGGAUCAAAACAGGAGUCACUUCCAUGAACUGGAUACCUGUAAUAGCAGUGAUGCUUUACGUGGUAGCUUCCAUGAUUGGUCUGUUGAGUAUACCUUGGACCAUGACAGCGGAACUGUUUCCCAUUGAAAUAAGAGGUGUUGCCCACAGUUGGGUUUACUCGGCAGCAUACCUGUUCAUGUUCUUUUCCGUUCAGAACUACCACAAAUUAGAAGAAGCCUGUCAUGGCGUUGCCGGAGUGCAAUGGUUUUUCGCUGCUGUCUCUAUAGGCGGUCUGAUCUAUUCCCUCCUGUUUCUGCCUGAAACCCACGGCUACGAACUCAGCGAAAUCGAGGACUACUUCAAGGAGAACACCGUAUACUUAUGUUCCAAGAAGAAAUCAACAGAUUCCAGAAAGAACGGCUACCCCCAUCGAAGGCCAUCGGGCGAGAUAGUCAGAAGGAAUACACUCAAGACUGUUACAGAAGACUGCGCUGACCAGAACGAGAAACUUCUAGUUAGGAGCUAACACCUUGCCACCUCCCAUGACAACGAUUUGUUAGAGUGCUACCGAGUAUCUGAUGAUAGGGUUUAUUUUAUCGAUGAACUAAUGAAUUUGUUUGUUAUGCCGUUACCCAGUGAUCGACUGGAAUUGAUUACAUGCAGAAAUAUUCGUGAGAUAACCUUAGAAGUACUUAAAUUUAUAUUGUAGCCAUCUGUGUCUGUAUUUCUUAGGGAAACCUAGAAAGUGAUGAUAAUAAUAAAGUCGAUUUUUUCAA